GAUGAUGCGUGUUCCGAUGACCCUUGUCUCUAUAAUGGAACCUGUAUACCAGAUAACAACCCGCUGGGCUUUAAAUGCAAUUGCCGUUCAGGAUACAUUGGAUUUAAUUGUGGCAUUCAUAAAGGCAAUCCUUGUUUAGAUGAAGACAACCAUGAGCCUUGCAAAAAUGGCGGAAACUGUACGCAACAGGAUAAUGCAUUGGGAUACAUAUGCAAAUGCACAUCAAAGUAUAUUGGGUUUGACUGCAGCUUUCUAAAAGACGAUCCUUGUUUUCCUAACCCUUGUCAAAACGAUGGAAACUGCACUAGGGACAAUGGUCUGAAGGAUUUCAUUUGCAACUGUUCCUUUGGAUACACUGGUAAAAAAAUGUCAGAACCCGAUAGUUCAUGGGAACUGGAGUCACUGGAUGCCAUGGACACAUUGUAAAAAGCCGUGCAAUAAUGGAACGAGGACAAGGAGGCGUACAUGUGAUAACCCCAGCCCAGCUUUUGGUGGAAACAACUGCGAAGGUUUACCCACUGAAACUGAACCCUGUAACCAAAACAAGUGUCCAGCCGAAAGUGUAAACUACCAGGUUAAGUUAAGAAGUGAAGGAUGGAAAGAUUCUCUUGCAAAUUCAAGCAGCAAAGACUACAAAAAACUUGUGGACAGAGUCAAAAAAGCUGUUAACGACUCAUACUACAGAAGAGAUGAAGUUGAAGUUGUUAUACUAAAGUUCUGGAAAGGAAGUGUUUAUUCAAGUUUUAACGUCACGUAUCAGAGCAUAGACUCGUUACAGAUUGUCUCUCUGCUGGAGGAAAUAGCAGAGGGAACACUGCGGCACAUUUUUGCUGAGUUACUUAACAUCACAACCAGUCACGUCCCACAAGAAGCGCCAAGAAUUCUGGAAGCCAAGAGCACCACUUCGACAAGUAUUAACCUAACAUGGACAAACGUAUCCGAACAUUCUUCUCUAAAGGGCUAUCUAAUCGUGUACAAAGAAGUCGGGAAGAAAUUCCACACCAAUACCAUGAAGUCAGUUGUACCAAAUCAAAGUAAUACAGUGCUAGAGGAUUUGAAAAUGUUUAAAAACUACAGCAUCCGUGUUUUUGCCUUUACGAGCAGUGGAAACGGAGUACCUAGUGAUGCUGUCAAUGUUAGAACUCAAGAAGAUGUGCCAAGUGAGCCGCCCCCUGACAGUGUUGUCAAAUCCACAAGUUCAAGUACAAUCAAUGUGUCCUGGGGACCAAUCAGCCCAGCUUUCAUCCACGGGAUACUUGUGGGAUACGAAGUUAGAUAUGCAAAGGAUGCCGAGGCACCGGAAUGGGAGAAUAAGACAGUUGAUGCUGACACACAUGAAACAGUUUUAAGUGAUCUGGAAUAUUUUACUCCGUACCAAGUUGUGAUCUGCGCAGGGACUUCUAAAGGGUGUGGAAAAAAUGUGUCUCACUCUGCUACCACAUUUGGUGAUGAACCCAGUAAGCCUCCGCAAAACGUGACGGCUGAGAAAUUAAAGGCAGCAGAAUCCAUCAACGUCACCUGGAAUGAAGUGCCUUUUGGUCACGUCAAUGGUCUGUUGAUGGGAUAUUCCAUAAAGUACCGAAGGGUUAAAACAGCCGAAGUAAAUGUAGUUCAUUCAGUGGAGGAGACGGCUGUGGCGAAAUCAAAUGAUCUCUGGAUAGUCCUCAGUGUUCAAAGCUACUCGGUUUAUGCAAUAAGAGUGGCAGCUUUUACUCAGAAAGGCCUGGGACCGUAUAGUGAAUAUGAAUAUGGUGAAACCUGUCGCUGUCCAAAGACCCUUUACACAAAUUAUUGGUCAACUCCACCGUAUUUAAAAGUGAAUCAAGAAGACAACACUCUGGAAGGCAUUUUUGGUCACAUCGUCACAGAUAUGAUUUAUACAGCUUGUGGAGAAUGUCCUGCAUACGGUUCCACUGAAAUCGACAUAACUUCAAACGGAAAUAAACAGCCAUCCGGAAAAGAAAGCCUUGUAGACGUUCUUGGUGACAUCAAGGACGUUCCACAGAUAAGUUUUCCAAUCUAUGGCAACAAAUACGUUACAAGAUUUGGGGGGAUUCACGCUUAUGUUAACCUUGUAGAGUCCCCAGGACUGGCCUUUGUUGCUGCGAAGAGAAUUCCGGGAGCGGCUGCAACGAACAUGAUACACGCUGUGUUUUCUUGCUUUCCAUUGGUGAUACUGUCAGCAUGUAUGUCGUUUAUUUCCGGGUUUAUUAUUUGGCUUUUGGAUACCAAGAACAACCCGGGAGAAUUUCCAACCAGUUUUCGAAAAGGUGUAGGUGAGGGAUUCUGGUGGUCAUUUAUCUCCAUGACGACCGUUGGUUAUGGAGACCGCUCACCCCGUUCUGUUCCUGCCCGUAUGUUUGGAAUCGCAUGGACCCUCACAGGACUCGUUAUCAUCUCAAUUCUUGUUGGAGCAAUUCAGAACUCCACAGAACAUCGAAUCGGCAUCCUGAAGAAUGCAAGGGUAAACGAAGAAAAUAACUACAAAAAUUUAGAACAAAUCCGAACAGCGCUCGAGAAUGGAGAAAUCGAGGGUGCUCUUAUAGACACCUACGUUGCUGCAGAACACAAGGACGAGCUUUUCAACGACAAAAUAUAUGUAAAGGAGAUUUUGGACAGGCCAUUCGGUUAUGGAGUUGUUCUGUCGGGAGCAGCAGUGAAUGUGGAACAGAGAUGUAGGGAUUACAUCAAUCAGCACAAGAGCUAUAUAUUUCACAUGAUACCCAACUCGACAAAGACACUUGAUGUGAGUGAGAUUAAUUUUUAA